CGAGUAGCCACUUUCUACCCGCGGGAAAUCGCUGUGACGUCCGGCAACGACCCCGGACAGCGCCGAUAGUGUCCGCCAUCCCACUCGGUAACUGGACGGAGAAGAAGCAGGAGAAGGCCUUCUCUCUUGAGCUAUAAAUCACAUAUACGUUAUAAAUAAAUACACAUUUCACCCUAUAGAGGACCAGCAUGUCUUUGAUAGGUACUGACAAGAAGGAGAAGAAGAUGAAGAAGGCAAAAAAGGAAAACAUGGAAACUCCUGUUCCGAUGAGCAUCGAUAAGAAGAGCAAGAAAGAGUCAAAGAAGCGAAAGGCUUUGGAUAAGGACGCAGAUGCGGGCGACAAGGAAAACAUGAUUGAGCCCUUAAACAAUGCCAAACCCAACAGCGGGUUGGAAGUGCAAAAGACUAAAAAGAAAUCAAAGAAGGCCAAGGUGGAGAAAGAGGAGAAGAAAAGGAACGUGGAGGAGGACGCCUCGAAUGUGGUGCUGAUGGCUAAAAAGAAAUCAAAGACAACCAAGGAGGAGAAAGAGGGGAACAAACAGAAUGUGCAGGAGGAGGACGAGAACCUUAAUGCAGUGUCACAGUCUCGUAUUUUGCAGCCAUUGAGGGCUAAGUUGAAGGAGAGAGGGAUCAAGAACUUGUCUCCAAUUCAGGCCAUGACCUUUGAUACUGUCUUGGAUGGGUUCGACUUGCUGGCACAGGCUCCUGCUGGCCAGGAUAAAACUCUGGCUUUUGUGUUGCCCAUCCUGCAGACUCUAAUAAAUGGUUCUGCAGAACAAUCUAAAAAAACUGGACACAGGGCUCCAAGUGCUAUCGUACUUUUACCUACAAGGGACUUGGCCAUACAGGUUCUUAAGGAAUUUGGAUUUUACGGCGGUUCUUUGGGAUUAGUGUCAUGUUGUAUAUACGGAGGAUCCUCCCACAAGGUUCAAACAAAGAAGUUAAAGAGAGGUCAGGUUGAUAUCAUUGUUGGAACACCUGGUCGUGUAAAGGAUCAUAUAGACGAGGGCAACAUAGACUUGAGCAGUUUAAAGUUUCGGGUCCUUGGUGAAGCUGAUGAACUGUCGAAGAAGGGGUUAGUUGAACAUGUGGAGUUCAUUCUAGGCAAGGUUAAUGAUGUAACCAAAGUUCAAACACUUCUCUUCAGUACAAACAUGCCCCCUUGGUUGAAAGAGAUUGCUCCCUCCAGGUAUCUUACCUCAGGUUAUAAAAAGGUUGAUCUGACUAGUAAUAAAAAAAUGAAGGCCACUUAAGGAGCCAAGGUCGCGGCGACUUUAGUAACAGAUGGUGAAGUCUCCAAGCGCGUUGCGCACCAUCUAAUCUGUAUGUGAAGGUCGCAUGCAAGAGUGAUGUAGCUAGUAAAUCGACUGGUGGUAGUGAAGUUGAUCGGUUUUUUCCCAAUGUGUCCGAUCAAUUUUGUUGAAAUGAAAGUCCACUUUUAAUUUCAGUUUUCUAUUUACAGGAGGAAAUUAAAACUAUUGUUUGCAUUGAGGCUUUCUCAUGAUUGAAAAAUCCAGAGCACAAAGACUGCAGGAUUGUUAUCGUACCUCCAGUGCUUGUGGGCUAAAGGAGCUGUAUAA